UGCUCGUGACUUCGGAGCCAACAUGUCCGCCACAGAGGAUGAUACUGAACUCAGAGACCUGCUGCUUCACAACCUGGACAACAGCGGAGUCCUCAGCAAGAUCAAGGCUGAAAUGAGGGCGGCUGUGUUUCUGGCCCUGGAGGAGCAGGACAGAGUGGAGAAUAAAACGUCUCUGAUCAAUGAAAACCUGAAGAAGUGUCUCAGCACAAGAGACGGUCGUCUCGUCGCCAGUCUCAUCGUGGACUUCCUGCAGGUCUUCAACCUGGACUUCUCCCUCGCCGUGUUUCAGCCAGAGAUCAACUUGAUGAACGGUGUGGACAGUCGGGACCUGGUCUGCAGAGAUCUGGAUCUGUCAGAGUGUGAGGUGAACAGGAAGUGUCCUCUGCUGCUGGAGCUGGUCACUAGAGGGCGACGCAGAGACAAACGGAGUGUGUGUUUGGAGGAACCGUCUCACAAACAGAUCACAAACGCUCGCAGGAAGUUUGACUUGUACGACAAGGAGCGGAGUGGCUCUGUCUGCAAAGAAGAUCUGAAGAGCAUCUUCGCAGAUCUGUUCCCUAAUUUGAACAAGAACAUGUUGGAGAUUUUUGUCACUGACGAGCUCAGAGCUGCCGACAGAAGCCAUUCUCAGACGGCGGAUUUCCAGCUCUUUCUGGGAAUCUUCAAGCGUCUGUUCGCUCAGUGCAGGAUUGUGGUCGGUCAGGACUCUGACGUCGGCCUUGUUGCUGAGACGACGACCACCUCUCCACCCAUCUGUGAGGACGCGAUGUCUCUGGGUAAAGGAGACAUGCAGCAGGAGGUGUCCUUCCUCGGCUUUAAGAGCCAGCGUGUGGACCUGGAGGUGGAAGACGACCUGGACGAAGGAGAUUCAUUCUUCGACGACCCCCUGCCCAAACCACAGAAGACGUACGGCUGUCGUGGUUCUCAGUUUGAUUCGACAGAGACGAUGAAGGGUCAGAGAGAGAAGGUUGAGGCCUCUGGGGCCAGAGAGAGUCCUGCAGGAGCCGCCUCCGAUGCACCGAGACCAGGAGGAGCUGCAGGAAACAGUGCAGAGCAGAGUGACAGCAGGAAUGGAAAAUCGAAAGGAUUCAGAGACUCGAAGGCCUCGAAUGAUAAAACUGGAUCUUUUCAUUUCGAUGAAGAUGUUGAAUAUGACGACGACUUCAACAGAAAAAAUGUCAGUCAUCGCUCAGAUCUCUCCAGGAGCGAGCUGAGCAUCGGCGAGGAGAUCGAGGAAGUUUCCAUCGAGGGACCCGACAGCAGCGACAAGCUCGAUGAGACUCAGGACCUGAGUGUGUCUCAGCUCAGUCACUCCGCUGAUUACAUGGAGGAGGUGGCCUGACACUCCCAUCAUGCAUCACUCUUCCACCAGGCACCUGUUUUUGUCAUCAACAUUUAAGUGUGUACAGUUUGACUUGACAAAUAAAUUGAUUUGUAUGGAA